ACGGUCUUUAUUAAUAUCUAGUCAAUGACAUAAGUAUCAAUUAUAAACUGAAAGAAUUAUAAUUAUGUCAAGUAUUAUGUAUCUCGCUUUUUCAAAAAAUAAUGUUUUUAUUUGGAAUGCUGAUGAUUGGUUGAAACUUCGACGGGAUCACAGAAUACUUGGUGAAUUAAUAGGAUCCUUUCCAAAAUUAUCUAGGCAGGAAGUAUUUUUAGGCCUUCCACUGCUUCUACUACCAGAAGAAGUAACACUUUUGAUUGAAAAAAAUAUUGCUUGUUUGAUACAAUGUUGUAGUUUAGAAAAACCACCAACUGUAUCAUUAAGUAUAAAAUUUGAAGAAUAUAGAAAUACAUUAUUUACACAACAAUCAGAAUGUCUCAUAGAAAACAGAAGAAAACAGAUAACUACCUUAAUGGACAAAAUUGUAGAAGGAAAGAAACGUAAAAUGCUAGGUUUGCACACAAAUAAGAAGAAAAUGAGAAAGACGCUGGAUAAAAAAACACAAGAAGCAUUAGACAGCAUUAAAAUUAACACUCAAGAUUUGCUUGAAGAAGAACUAGCUAAAUUACCUAAAUUAACUAAAAAUGAAGCAUUUAUUCAAACACAUACAGCAUAUCCAUGGUUUAAUCAUUGUGAUAUAGAAACAGUGCAAUGGAAAUAUCCAUUUACUUCUGAUCAGCUAAUUAGGUAUAAAGUAUACAAGGAUCUUCAUGAAAGAGGAUAUUAUAUUAGUAGUGGUGAUAAAUUUGGUGGUGAUUUUUUAGUAUAUCCAGGUGAUCCAAUAAUGUUCCAUUCACAAUUUAUUGUGCAAUGUCAAUGUGAAAAGGAAGAGAUAUCUGUUAUAGAACUUAUUGCAAAAUGCAGAAUUAGUUGUCACGUACGAAAAACAUUAGUAUUUGCUAUGUAUUGCAAAGAAAAAGACAAAGUAAAAUAUCAGUCUUUACAAUGGGCAGAAAAUAACAUACUCGAAAAUAGUUGAUAUAAUAAAGAAAGUACAAUUGCUUGAUAAAAAUAAUGUAUAUAUG